AUGAGUUCACCAAGCUACUCGCCUCCUGAUGAAGAGGAGGAGGAGGAGGUCUGCUGGACGGAGAAAGAGGGUCUGUGGCUGAACGUUGUCGUGAAAGAGGAAGAGCAGGAUGUUACAGUGAAAGAGGAAGAGGCUUUUUCAGUGAAAGAGGAAGAGGAGGAUGAGGCUUUUACAGUGAAAGAAGAAGAGGAAGACUCGUUCAGAGUGAAAGAGGAAGAGGAGACGGGAGUGUCUGACUUUGUUGUUCACACAGGAGAGAGACGUGACUAUAGUGGAUCCUCUGGGGAGCCUCAACAACAUCAUGAUGCUGAAGAGGCAGAGAAGAGUCUCUCCAGAGCAGAACACCUCAAGAAACCCCAGCAGAGACCCACAGGGAAGAAUCCUCACUGCUGCUCUGACUGCGGGAAAGGUUGCAAAUCUUCAUCAGAACUUAAAAUACACCAGAGAACACACACAGGAGAGAAACCUUAUAGCUGUGGUCAAUGUGGGAGGAGUUUUACUAUAUCAAGCCAUUUGACUUCACACCAGAGAACACACACAGGAGAGAAACCUUAUAGCUGUGAUCAAUGUGAGAAGUGUUUUACUAUAUCAAGCCAUCUGACUUCACACCAGAGAACACACACAGGAGAGAAACCUUAUAGCUGUGAUCAAUGUGGGAAGAGUUUUGCUGCAUCAAGCAAUCUGACUUCACACCAGAGAACACACACAGGAAAGAAACCUUAUAGCUGUGAUCAAUGUGGGAUGAGUUUUGCUGCCUCAAGCAAUCUGACAAGACACCAGAGAAUACACACAGGAGAGAAACCUUAUAGCUGUGAUCAAUGUGGGAAGUGUUUUACUAUAUUGAGCUCUCUGACUUCACACCAGAGAACACACACAGGAGAGAAACCUUAUAGCUGUGAUCAAUGUGGGAAGAGUUUUACUAUAUCAAGCUCUCUGACUUCACACCAGAGAAUACACACAGGAGAGAAACCUUAUAGCUGUGAUCAAUGUGGGAAGUGUUUUACUAUAUCAAGCUCUCUGACUUCACACCAGAGAACACACACAGGAGAGAAACCUUAUAGCUGUGAUCAAUGUGGGAAGUGUUUUACUAUAUCAAGCCAUCUGACUUCACAUCAGAGAACACACACAGGAGAGAAACCUUAUCUCUGUGAUCAAUGUGACAAGAGAUACUCCGAUAAAAGAUCUCUGAUUAAACAUCAGAAAAUACAUGAAGAAGUUGUUUCAUGAUAUCAAUGAAAUAAUGUCACAAUGUAGAAUGUCUUAACAUUGUAGUAGGAGUAGUUUAAUGAUGUCACAAUGUAGAAUGUUUUAACAUUGUAGUAGGAGUGUUAUAAUGAUGUCACAAUGUAGAAUGUUUUAACAUUGUAGUAGGAGUGUUAUAAUGAUGUCACAAUGUAGAAUGUUUUAACAUUGUAGUAGGAGUGUUUUAAUGAUGUCACAAUGUAGAAUGUUUUAACAUUGUAGUAGGAGUGUUUUAAUGAUGUCACAAUGUAGAAUGUUUUAACAUUGUAGUAGGAGUGUUUUAAUGAUGUUACAAUGUAGAAUGUCUUAACAUUGUAGUAGCAGCACUUCAACAUUCAAAAUGUAGCCAGUGGUUUUCUACAAGUUGAAAAAGCUGCUUGUUUAAAAAAAUACAUGUAAUUGAUAAUUGUUGCAGAUGUUUGUGUAUAAACACACAUGAAAGCAGUACAAUAAAUUGGACUAUAAUCCAUUUUUAUUAACAA